GCGAUCGCGUAAAUUAAAACUAAUGCGCGCGCGUAAUUAAAAUUUUUGAUUAAAGAAUAAAAAAAAAAGGUAAUUAGCGACUUUGACAGCAAUGUCAAAGCUCAAUAUGUCGUUAUCGAUGACAAGUCGUCGAUUGGAGGGGAUAAAAAUGAGCUAGUGGAAUAUCUUUGGGUUACAAAAUACCCGAUGCGGUGGUGGUUAAGCCAAUGGGAAAAGUAGGUCAGUUAUUUAAGCCAAUAGGAGUUUGAGAGGGAGAUCACGUGGGUUUGUUGUUAUCUAUCAGCUGUUUGAAUCCUGGUGGUGGCCCGGGUGAGCGGUGGCGGCCGUGGCGGGCCGGCCGGCGGAGUGAAAGCCGCGAUCUAACGUUGGCUCAGUCCCACCCGGUCGCUCUCAGCUGUGCGUCACAUGGUGAUACCAUCAACAGACCAUACAUUGAUACUCGGCCUCAACAUUUUCUGUUGACUUAGCCGUCGUCGCCGGUUAUUUAAAUACCUGGUUUUUUAAAAAUUAUUAUUUAUUUUUAUUUAAAAUUUUAUUAUUUUUUAAAUAAAUUAUAAAUAUGGAUACAGACUCGUUGAUAAAACACUGAGUGGACUUGAAAAUAAUAAAUUUAAUUUGUUAUUUAUUUUCAUUUAAAAAAAAAAAAAAAAGAAAAAAAAUAAAAUGUCAACAGGAAAGCGGUUGGCGAAGCGAAGUAUUAUCGGGACGCGUGUUUGUGCUCCGGGUAAUGAUGGAAAAUAUUAUAGUGGAGUUAUCCAUGCGGUAAAGACUCCAGCCUCGACGAUGGCUGGUACCGAGUCCGCUGGAUUGAGAAUUACUCCGAAAACCAGAUACUCUGUGAGAUUUGAUCCGGUCCCGGGUAACCUUGGGCCCAGUAAUGAAAGACCACCGAGUCCGAGUACUGAAUACGCUGACAGGGAUCUAAUUGGUCCGGGUUUCGGGUCAGUUACCAGCGCGAGACUGGUACCUGGACAAAGAGUUUAUCUUACGUACAAUGGACGCGAAGUAAAUGCUCAGGUUACGCAGCACAGAGAACAUCUGGAUGAAGUUGACGUUGUCUUUGCGCCUAAUGGUCAGGAGGGAACAAUGAGACUGACAAAGCGCAUUGACGAGAUCCGUCUCUUGGAAUCGCGAAAGAGCGCACGAUUAGCGGAUCAAGACACAGACUUCGCUCGGCUUGCAGAUAUGGCCGGCGACCGCAAACGCGCCUCCUCUCACUCAAUAGACGUGCCACACGUACCGGGAUCACGAAAACGGCGACCAAGUUCCGGAAAUGAAUCAGACCGGAGUUCAUACAGCGGUAGCUGGGCUCCAGAGAACGGAAUAAAAGUCGGAUAUCAUCUCAACUGCUUCAAAGAUGAACACUCUGGAUGCGUAGCAGAGUGUACAGCAGCCAUGGUAUUAAUGUCGCUAUCAAAUUCACCCCACAGUCCUCGUUAUCCCCUACAGCAUCACUCAUCAGCUCACUGUCAAUACUCCGGCAACAAUCGAAUGGGGGACAGCGUGAUCGUCGGCACGCCACCCAGCAGCAGCAACAGCAGCUGUGACGCUUCAUGGCGAACUGGGACACCCUCGCCGACUCUAAGUGAGGAUGCGGUACCUCUGGCCCCAUCAUCGCCCUCAGCUAAACCCUCAACUUGGCCGGUCCCAACGGGCCCAGGUACUUCCCGGUCAGUCACCGAGCAGCUUAAUUUUGACAACAAAUUCGGAGGAUCGUCUGGCAGCACGCCGACUUCUGGCACCUGCGACGAAGGAAUCGUCAGGGACCUUGACGAUUACCUUGAAGAAAUGCAGCCACGUAAGAAAAAGCGAGACUUCAAAAAUCACUCAGAUCGCAAGAGUCCCAUAUUGAAGACAAAGAGCUACGAGUUUGAAAAAUCGGAAACAGUAUCAAUGGUGUUCAAAUGCACUUGGCCAGGAUGCACCGAAAUACGUACAACAUGUCCCCAGAUUGAGAAACACGUUCGUCAGUCACAUCUUGGUCCGAAAAAGAAUCCCGAUGAGGACGAGGCCUUGUCAGAUCACGAAGAAGAGUUUUAUUACCAAGAAAUAGCCGUUAAUCACAUGAGCUCACCGCCGACAAUGUCUCACCGCGAUAUGGCGCGACCACCGCACGAAGAUCCCGAGUAUCAAAAACAAUUACGUCUUGAAGUAAAACAACCAACAAGUCCAAUUGUAAGUGUUCCAACAUCCACAUCCGUCGCUGGACAAAUAACUGCCGUCAAAGAAAGAUUUUUUAAUUUUAGAAUUUCCCCCAUUCGUCCGCGAUCACCCGCAACGCCAAUAAAAUCAAUGAAACAAUCACGGCAGCUUAAUCAUCACAACAUAAACAUCGUUGCCGCAGUAACAGCAACUCUCGGAAAAACUCCAUUGUCUUCAAUGCCACGUCGUGCUCGUGGCGAUACUAAAAAGUGCCGAAAAGUUUACGGAAUGGAAAAUCGGGAGCAAUGGUGCACUCAAUGCAAAUGGAAGAAAGCCUGCAAUAGAUUCAUCGCAAAUGCAUGAGACAGGCCUUCGUCUCAUCUUCGACGCUCGCGUAGAUCAUAAUUAUCACAAUCAUGAUCAUUAUCAUAAAUUAGCUUAUUUUAUUUCGCUGAAAAGCAUUUUUUUACAGUAAAUUUAUAACCAAACAAAUAUUUAUUUGAGGUUAUCGUACAAAGGAUCGGAUUGUUUUCUUGGCGGGAAUUUUAAACAAACGGAAUGAAGAUUAAGAAACAUAAAAAAAAAUCUAUAAAGACACCAAUGUUUUAAUACUGCCAGAUUAAUAAUAAUUAAUAACAAUAAUAAUAAUAUAUUUCUAAAAAAAAUGUGAUCGCGACUUUUAAAUAAAACAAUCGCUUUUUAUAUAUAAAAAAAAAAAAAAACGAAAAAAAAAACGCGCAAUAUCUGGUUUAAAUUUGUUGCUUCGUCAUUUGAUUGUACAGAAAAUUGUACAAAUAAACGACUAUAGAGUCUUUGAUUAAUAUAUAUAUAAAAAAUAUAUUGUAUAUAAAUAUAAAAAAUAUAUAGAAAAAUUUUUAGGUUGCGUUAAUGACAACGAAAGAUAUCGUAUUAUAUAUACAUAUAAAAUAUAUACAGACAUGAUUUAAUGCGUCACCGGAUAUUCGUUAGAUCAAUUUAGCUUUCCGCUUUGUUUUCUUGCUCGAGUUUUUUAAUGGAUAAGGUUUUGGGUUUAUUGAGGAGACUGGGGGUUAGUUUACAAGUUAGAAAGUUUCUUUGUUCGGUUUCGAGGUUAGAUCGCGGAUUGUUCGGGAACUAGAGGCGCUGGGGAGGAUUUCUAGCCGCCAUUUUGUGUUCAGUGUUCAGAUUGUUUCGAAAGUUGUUUUUAUUUGUAGAAAAAAAAGGAAAGAGUUUUUAAGAAUUUUAGUUUGAAGAAAAUAAAAAAUUUGUGAAUUAGGAAAAAUUCUAUAUCUCGAAAACUUUUGUUUGGAAGUGAAAUGAACGUAAAGAAAAAUUGUGGAAAAAUUUCUGAGCUUCGAUUUGAGCCCAAAAAUGUCCCUAAAUUUAAAUCAGAUCAAAAGUUAUGAAUUUUAUUGAUUCAUUUCUAAAAUGUUUUUAAAAUCAUCUGUAUUGAUCGAUAACUCGAAAACUAUUGAUCGAAUCUCGAUCACCCAUACGAGAAAAUUGUUGCUACAAGUCUAAGCUUUAAUUUGAGCCCAACUUCGGUCCUUACUGUCAAUUCAUUCAAAAGCUACAAAUUUUUAAACUUUAAAAUUCAAAUUUUUCCCGCCAAAAUCCUUUUCAAUCUAUUCUGACCAAUAUCUCAGCAACUAUUGACCGGAAGUAAAUUAACCAGAAACAAAAAUUGUAGCUACAAGUAUACUCUUCAAUUAGAGCCCAAGCAAAAGUUUUAAUUACAAAAAGUUUUCGAGUUAUUAAUUUUCAAAGAUAGAAAAAUUUAAUCCAAAAUCUCUCAAGUCUCCUCAAUAAAUAAAAAAAAAAAAUAAUAGAACAAUUCAUUGGCAAAUACUAUAAUUAAAAUACCGUCCAUAAAAAAAAGAGAAUAGUAUUAAAACCAGUGGUACGUACAGGCAUUUUUUAUUAAGAAAACAAAGCGAGUAAGAAAGCAAUUAAUAUAAAAUUAGUUUAAUUAUAAAAAUAUAAGCGAAUAUCGCCUGCGUUCGAAAGCUAAAUCAUGUCUAGCGAUCUCAUAUCUCUUUUUAAAAUAAUAAUAAUACUAAUAAUAAUAGCAACAAUUAUCUUCGUACAACAUAUAAUAAAUAUAUUAAAUAAAUAUAUACAGUAAUUAGUUUAAUAUAUGGAUACAUUAACAAUAAUAAUAAUAAUAAUAGACAAUGAUAAUAACCUUAGAUAAAUUAAUUUUAAAUAUAUAAGUAGCGGUACUUGCAAUAAUUGUUAUUAUUACUAUUAUUAUUAUUGUCAAUUAGUUGAAUUUUAUUUUAUAAAAAUUAUGAAAGAAAAAAAAUCACAAGAUUAUUUUUUUUUAAAUGUAAUCGUUUUAAAAUAUUAGGACAAUUGUUAAAUACUUGGUAAUUUGAGUUUACAUGGCUAACUUAUUUAUUGCAAAUAUUAUGAAAAUAAAUAGGGCUUGUGGGUACUCUUUCCAGAGGAAAUUUAAUUUCCUAUUAUUUUUGACUCUUUACUUUUUCUCCUCAGACCAAUAGUUUACUAGAUAAAUAUAAUGGGUUCUAGUAAAUAUUAUUUUUAUUACUCCUAUGGUAAAAAUUCAGAGUAAAUAGGGCUUGUGGGUACUCUUUCCAGAGGAAAUUUAAUUUCUGAUAAUUUUUGACUCUUAAGAUUUUUUACUAGGACUCAUAGUUUACGAGCUAAAUGUAAUGGGUAUUGUAAUUAUUAACAUUAUCAUUAAAAAAAAAAAAAAUG